UAAACUUUACCCCAUUUGACUGAACAAACCUUGCUCCCAGCCAUGGCGGAUACCAACCCAUCUCCCCACGUCGUCGUCGUCUCAAGCCCUGGCAUGGGUCACGUCACCCCAGUCGCCGGGUUAGCCAAGCUCCUCGUUCUCCGCCACCACUUCACCGCCACCUUAGUCACUUUCUCCGACCUCCGCUGUUCUCUCCCUUCCUCCAUCUCCACGAUUCAACUCCCUACCCCUCUCCUCGAAGACCUUCCAUCCAACACUCACUUCGUCACCCGCAUAUGCCUCACCAUAGCCCACUCCGUCUCUCCCCUCCGUGAAAUCCUCAUCUCUCUCCGGCGAACCACCCGCAUCGCCGCCGUCAUCUUCGACCUCUUCGGAAGCGACUUCCUUUCCAUGGUAAAAGAGUUCGGCAUCCCAAGUUAUCUUUUUAUAACCUCCAACUAUUUCUUCCUUUCUUUCAUGCUCCACCUCCCUACACUCGAAGAGACCACCACCGGCGAGUUUCGAGACCUAUCGGAGCCACUAAGACUGCCAGGUUGUGUUCCAUUAAAAGGCGAGGAUUUUUUGGAGCCUAUGCAGGAGAGGGAGAGUGCGGUCUGUGCUUGGGUGGUUCACAUAUCAAGGAGCUAUGAUCUUUUCGAUGGAACUCUAGUGAACAGCUUCGAAGCCAUUGAAGCCGACGCCGCCAAGUUUUAUAAAAAGAGGGGCGAUGGGAAGCCUCAUGUCUGGCCCAUCGGGCCACUUACGUGGUCCGGUUCAGAUAUGGGUACAGAGGAGUCAUGGCAUCAGUGCAUCGAAUGGUUGAAUCAACAGCCGAGUGAGUCCGUUGUGUUCAUUUGUUUUGGGAGCGGAGGUACUCUUUCAUUAGAGCAGACACAAGAGCUUGCCCUCGGACUGGAGAUGAGCGGGCAAAGAUUCAUAUGGGUAGUGCGAGUGCCGAAUGACACGGAUCUGAGCAGUAGUAGUUAUUUUAAUCCAAAGCAGAACAGUGAAGAUUGUUUUGGGUUUCUUCCAGAAGGAUUUGUGGAGAGGACAAAAGAAAGGGGGAUGAUGGUGAACUCUUGGGGCCCGCAACGAGAGGUGCUGAGUCAUCAUGCGACGGCUGGGUUCGUCUCACACUGUGGGUGGAACUCCACGCUAGAGAGCCUUAUGAAUGGUGUGCCGAUGAUCGCAUGGCCGCUUUAUGCGGAGCAGAGAAUGAACGCAGUUCUGCUUGUGGAAGGGGUGAAGGUGGCACUGAAGGCCAAGGUGGGAGUGAAUGGGGUGGUGAGAAGGGAGGAGGUGGCGAAGGUGGUGAAGGAGUUGAUGGAAGGUGAGGAAGGGAAAGUUGUGCGGCGAAGAAUGCAAGAGAUGAAGGGAGAGGCGGCGAGGGCUGUGGGAAAAGACGGGUCUUCUUACAAGGCUAUAGAGGACAUGGUUAGUCUUUUGGAAGAUUCAGCUGUGGCAUGAGUGAUUUGAUUUUCUUGCUCGGCCACUUCUUAAUUGUUAUCCAAAAACUAAUGUUCAUUUUAUCUUUGUGAUAAUUAUUGUACGUUUCUUAUAGUUUGUAAUAGUUCUGAGAU